UGUGGCACGACUGACCAAUCGUUUAUUUUGUCAAUCCUUUUAUCACCUGAACAAUACCGCGCAGUAUCCGAAAACGGGAGAGUUCUCCCAAAAAGUUUUCGCGCGGGGAGAAGUCCUGAAAAUAUUCUUUUUUAAAAAUCUCUUUUUCCAUCCUUGUUUUUGAGGAGAUCAAACGAUAGGGAGAGUAGCGGCCUGAGAAGGGUGUGCGGAGAAUGAAUGUUCCCGCUGCUUUGGUGGUACUCAUACUCCUCCUAAUAAGUUGCUCAGAAGGUGGCCGCGUAGAGGAAGAUACAGAAGUAGCCAUGGAAGAAAUGAGAAACCUUUUCCGAUCCCUUUUCCCAAUUCUACCCGAACAGACACAUUUCUUUUGGAAAACAAAUCACCGCCUAGCAACCAUACACAAAACCGCAUCUUAUAAAGAAGAACCAGAUGGAGGUAUGUUCCCUUGGAGGCUACAAAUUGAUUUCAGAAAAAGGGGUCCGGACUGCAUGAGGAAGUGCAUUACACAGGGUGUGCUGCAUCCAGUACAAUGUCAUUCCCUUUGCUGAACUCCCCUCUCUCCUCCUCUCAAGAGAUUGCGACAAUGAUUUCAGAAAAAAGUUUAAAUAAAUGAAGGACUGAAAUGACUGCCGCCGCCAUUUUAGAUUUUUAAGAGACUGUUAAAAUGUUAUGAUUGAUUCAAUCCCAACGAUAACAGAUUUUUAUGAUUCACAAUUAAUGUAAAAUGAAAAACUAAAUAAAAUUUACGAUGUUUACAUAA